UCAGACUACACGUGAAGAGUGGGUUUGACAUUGGGAGCUUGAAAGUGGAGAGAGACACAGUGAGGCUUCUGCUCUAAGCCUCUCGCCAGGGAAACAUCAGAGUUUAUCAGCCUAAAUGAGACUUAAGACUCUUCCAGUGACAUUUACAUCAGUACUGGACAUACCGUGAGGAAACAUAAUGCAAAGUCUCAACACGGGCGCGCGCACGCUGCCGGAUGUUGUCGCUGAUUUUCUAUGAAGAAUGUUUUAUUUUUCGUAUCUUCGCUGUAAUCGGACAUCGAUCAUGAAUUAUGUUUGUGAAAACAGUCGCCUGUAAGGUGCUUGAACUCUAAGGAAUAAAAGUGAAUUUACCUGACGGAUUCAUCUGACAGUGGACUCAGUGGAUGAAUAAAUCACUGUCGAUACCAAUAUAUUUUAUCCUGUCAUUCGGUUUAUUGUUAUUUUUGCUAAAAGUCCGAUGGACCAAGCAUCUUCAUACAAUAAUAUACAAGCACAGAGGAAUUAAUGAAGAACUUAUUGUUUCGGAUAAUAAUCAGAGAGGGCUUGGAAAUCUCACAAUGAGGCUGAAAUCAUCGAGGUUAGGAUAUCUAUUACUUCAGUUUAUGACUUUGUGUUUUUACACUCAGAUGACGAUGCAGUCCGUCUCUGUACCCAAUUUUAAGCACCAUGUAACGGAGCAGAGUCGUCUGUCGGACAGGAUGAGUCGGAGAUUAACAAGGACUUAUCAGCUCUAUAGCCGGACGAGUGGUAAACACGUACAGGUUCUGGGCAAUAAGAGGGUCAACGCCAACGGCGAGGAUGGCGAUAUUCAUGCUAAACUUGUUGUGGAAACCGACACGUUUGGAAGCCGGGUUCGAAUCCGAGGAGCAAAAACAGGAUACUACAUUUGCAUGAACAAGAGAGGAAAGCUAAUUGGACGGAGGAAGGGCCGUGGCAGGGACUGCAUAUUCACCGAGAUUGUUCUGGAAAAUAACUACACGGCUUUGCAGAACGCCAAGUACAAAGGUUGGUACAUGGCCUUUACGCGCAAGGGUCGACCCAGGAAAGCCACGCAGACCCGGCAGCAUCAGCGAGAGGCCCAUUUUAUGAAACGUCUUCCUCGAGGACACCUGUUAACAGAACAGAAGCCUUUCGAUUUAAUCCCAUAUCCCCCCAACAAGAGGACUAAGCACCAUCAGCGCACAAGCGCGAACUGAAGGCAGAGUCGUAUCUUAUACCGGAGCGCUAUCUUAAUUUGAGUUUAUCUAAUCUAUGUGCAUCCAGAGUUACUGGACAUCAUGGCGAACUGAUGUGUAAAAUUUAAGGAGUCUGCAAAGGCUUAGAAUUGGGAUGAAUGACAGUACUAAGAACAGUUUGUUCUGGGACAAUUACUGAACUGUUGAUUGAACAGAGGACACUGUAAGCCUUGUAAUAAUGAGCAACACAUCUCUGGGAAUGAAGCAAGACAACAGAACACACAAUACACAAACACUCUCAGAAAAACGUGCAAAAAUUGUAUUUUUAGGCAUAAAACAGCUUGUAACUGAAACAGAACCCUCAAGUCAAGACAUUUGUUUGGCGACAUUUACAUACACCAAACUUUAGGUUUUUAUAGAGGGGUUUGUUCAUACAUCGUUCUCCUGAUUUAUAUUCAAAAUACAUGUUUAAAAUGUAUAUCUUGGCUGUUGAGAGUAUUUUCUGAUUUAUGGAGUGAUUAAAAAAAGAGAUAUGCUAAAUCCCCUCUAUAAAAACCUUUAAUAAGUCAACAAAAUAAAACAAUAAUUUUGAACCUGAAUUUAUCCAAUAUCCAAAUAACAUUUCCUUACAUGCUGUGAUUAAUCAACUGGCAAAUGAAUGGUGAUUUUAAAUUGAUAUUACAUACAUUUGUACCUUAUUUACUCCUUAAAAUUUCAUAGUAGUACCUUAGGGUGACAUACUGCUACCCUAAGGUAAAAAAUAUCCAUCCAUGUAAGGUACAAAGUUAUCGCUGUAAGGACUUCUGCCCCGGUCACAAGCUGUUGUACAAUUUUUUGCACGUUUUAUUCUGACAGUGAGCAUGGCAGCUACCUACUGACGAUCCCAAACGUAUGCAGAUACACACCAAUCCCAUGACGUGUAGUGAUAUUAUCGAAAAUCAUCUUUAUUGUUUGUACAUGACUAUAUAUUUUUAUCGGAAGAUUGUAAGAUACUUAAAAAAUGGAAAUAUUUA